UCGACAGUUCGUGAUACCACAUCCAUAUCUGGAAGUCACAUAGUCUAUAGAGAACCCUGACGAUGGCCAAAGCCCGGGCGAAAAGCUAUUUUCACAAUGCAUGCAUUUCCAGGAUCACAACAUAUCGGGGCUGGUAAGGUGGGUAGUUGUUUGUGUACGAAUGAACAAGGGAGUGGCGGUUACAGCCGCACCCACGGAAUCAAGACAGGCGACUCGAGGAGAAAAAAAAAAGGCAAUGUUAGCACUACGUGCGACGUCUCGAGCCGACCGUAUCAUACUCAAAUAUUCUUGUCUUUGCUUGGUUUUUACGACCAACGAUAUCGUACCCGCGAACCCGCCGAACGAUAUUUGGCAACCGUCGAAAAGCGGGCGCCGUUUGUCCUUCGACUUAGUAGCUACGAGAAGCGCACAGGCAUCUUAGUUUUCUACUUACCUGAGCCUGAAAAGGUGUUGCGCCAUCGAGUAUCAAAGAACUUCGAGUACCAAAAGAAGCAGUUUGCUAGAGAGCUUUGAGAGAACACAACCUCGCAGAUAGUAUUGAAUUUUCAAAUAAGCUUCGAGUCGGAAACCAGAAGAAAAAAAAAUCACCAGCUUUUUCGAUAGCUAUUGUUGAGUGCAAUGUGGAUCGAAGAAAGAGAAAGACGAGAUCGUUCCCUGCCCCCGUCCCCGUCCCCGUUUAUCCGUCACAUACAUUACAAC